AUGCACUCUGAAUAUUGGGAAAUCUGAAGGAAGAGGGAGAGAUGCCGCAGCUCAGCAAAGAACCCUGCAAGAAGGAGGCCUGCGAUAUUCAAGCUUGCCUUUCCAAGAACAACUUCAUGUCUCAGAGGUGCCAGAGAGUCAUUGAACAAUUGCAAUCUUGCUGUGAGAGAUGCAAGUACGAGUCAACGCAUUGUGCUUCGGUCUCUGGACUCCUGAAACAGAUAUCCAAGUAAGAAACAUACAUUUGAGAUGCACUGGAUUCAUAUUUUCUUCCGUUUUCUGCAGAAGUGUCCAAGCCAAAUAUUUUUUCCAUGCAACAGUCUGAAUUCAAUACCUUAGUUGUGUCAACUGGUGGAAGUUUGUAGGAGGCUGUUACUUGCAAAUAUGCUAUGGUUUGGUGGCAUUGUAUUAAACUCCUACAUCCGGUUUCCCAGGAAAAAAAAAUCAACA